AUGGACUAUAUGAACGAAGUCUUUAAAAACGUAGAAGUUUAUCAGAAUGGACAACUUAUAUACUAUCAGCAUAAUUAACCUGGUAAAGAAGAAAAUCAUUUGAUUGAUGACUUAAUUGCUAAAUUUGAUUUUAGUUUGCAACAAACUUAAACUAAUAAUCAAAUCAUUGAUUAAUUUUCUUAGAUGAACUUCCAAGAUAAUUGA